ACUCGUUCUGUUCGUCGAUGUGUGUCACCUUGCUGGAGCUGCAGAGGAGCCGCGGCGGCAGGAGCGGAAAAACGGCACAGCCAUGGCAGCCCCGGCGACCCCAGCCAAACCCAAAACCUCCCCCAAGUCCAUCAAGUUCCUGUUCGGCGGCCUGGCCGGCAUGGGGGCGACAGUGUUUGUCCAGCCGCUGGAUCUGGUGAAGAACAGGAUGCAGCUGAGCGGUCAGGGUUCGAAGGCUCGGGAGUAUAAGACCAGUCUGCACGCUGUGGCCAGCAUCCUCCGCAAUGAGGGGGUCGGGGGCAUCUAUACCGGUCUUUCAGCCGGUCUCCUCAGGCAGGCCACCUACACCACCACCCGUCUGGGUAUCUACACCGUCCUGUUUGAGAAAAUGACCAAAGCAGACGGAACUCCACCCAACUUCUUUAUGAAGGCUGUGAUCGGGAUGACUGCCGGAGCGAUCGGAGCGUUCGUAGGAACUCCUGCUGAAGUGGCGCUGAUCCGGAUGACCGCGGAUGGACGGCUGCCCCCGGACCAGAGGAGGGGUUAUACAAAUGUCUUUAAUGCCCUGAUCAGAAUCACCAGAGAGGAGGGAAUACCAACCCUCUGGAGGGGUUGUGUACCCACUAUGGCACGUGCGGUGGUAGUGAACGCAGCACAGCUGGCUUCAUAUUCUCAAUCUAAACAAGCUCUUAUGGACACAGGUUAUUUUUCAGAUAAUAUCUUCCUCCAUUUCUGUGCCAGUAUGAUCAGUGGGUUGGUGACCACUGCAGCCUCUAUGCCAGUAGACAUCGCUAAAACCAGGAUUCAAAACAUGAGGAUGAUCGAUGGAAAGCCAGAGUACAAGAACGGACUUGACGUUCUGCUGAAGGUGGUGAGGAACGAGGGCUUCUUCAGCUUGUGGAAAGGUUUUACUCCGUAUUACGCUCGUCUUGGCCCUCACACGGUGCUCACCUUCAUCUUCCUCGAGCAGAUGAACAGGUUCUACAAGAUCUACUUCUUGGAUUCAUAGGCUGUGAUGGAAAUCCUCCCUCCCUGUGGAGGUGGAGGUCUGGACCGGGUCUCGAGGGGUUCAGUGUGUUUGUUCAUCCCAGUCUUACCAGUCUCAACCAACCAGGACCCAGUGACCCGUUCUAUUCAAGAUCCGCCUAUGAGUAGUGUGUUCUCUUUUAGCUUUAAUGGAUGCUAUUCUUUUAUAGCAUUUGUGGGCGGAGCCUGUAUAGUCAAAUAGCUGUAAAUCUGUUUUUUUUUUUUUCCUUUACAAUGGGUGUGUCCUGGUGGGCGGAGUUUAAGAUGCUGAGUUAUAAUGCUGGAUCAGAUUCAGAUCACAGCGUCCACACUGACCCUCGACUGCUUGGGUCCAGGCCAACAUUCGCCUGACCUUUUACAGACGUUUGGACUUUAAAAGUUAGAAAUUAAAAUAAACACACACAAAACACAUCCGACUAACGCACUGACCAGCAGAUUGGACCUGAGGAACGCCCCCUAGUGGCCACACUGAUUCGUACAGUCUUGCUACACGAUUAUUAGUUGCUUACAAAUUAUUAUUAUUAUUACAUAUGAAUUAUUGAUUGUUCCUUAACCCUCUAUGGCAAAACUAAAGUUAUAUUUAAUUAUGUAUAUGCAUACUAUCUAAAAGGUUUACAAGAAGAAUGAAUGAAUAUCUUGAUAUGAUAUGCAUAUUUAAACUUGUGCAUCUCAUUGUAUUGGACAUACAUAUUAAAAAUAAAUAUAUAAAAACGCUUUGUUUCCUGAGGGGAACACCAUGCCAUAGAGGGUUAAAAGCAGAGAGGUACAGACCUACAUUUUCAUCAUCCUGAGAUGAUGAUCCAAGAGCAAACCAGCCUCUCGCUCUGUCUUUUACAACUCGUCUUUUGCUUUGGAUCAUCGGAGCUCUGCUGUAAUUCACUGUAUUUCUUAUUAUUAUUGUCUAAUUUCGCUCGUCAGCCUCCAAUCUUUCUACAUUAUUAAGCUGGAAAGCUGUUCUCAACACCACUAAUACCCGAACAAGUCAAAAUGUCACAGUAAUUACAGUGAAGAAAUUGUUAUAUAUGAUUAAAUUAAUAAUUCAUAAUUAAAGAACUUUAAGGAUGAAUAAAUCAAAUAUUGACAUUAAUAAUAACAAAUACAUAAAGGACCAGUUCCUUAGGCAAGGAUUAAACUUAGUCUUGGAUUAUAUAGCAGUUUAAAUAAAGAAUUUCCAUUGAAAGUAAAAAAAAUAUAUAUUCUAUGACUAAGCCUAAUCCCUGUGUAAGAACAUAUCCCAAACAGAUUAAUAUCUAGUAAAUCAAAUAUAAAAAUAUAAUAUAUAAUUGUUCCUCUUAGAAUGAUGUUUUUACUUGUUCAGGUUUAAUUUUAUAUUUUAAUAUCUAAAUUAAAGCUAGAAUUAAACAUAUUUUGGAAAUUUCAGGGGAAAGCACAAAUGAGAAAGUGAAUUAAUAGGAUUAAACCUGUUGGUUGGCUAGAUGAAAGUUAUAAUUUAUAGUAUGUAUUCCUAAAGAUUGUAUUAUUGGGAUAAAUAUUGAUCACCAAAAAGUAAAAACAGUAUCUUGGCCAUUAAACAACUGACAUAAAACUCUUUAAAAAAUGCUUUUGUUUUUUAAUCAGCUAUUUGACGUCUUAAAAGCUGGACAGAAUGUUUUCUCAUCUUUAAUCCGAACUGGAGAAGUCUUGUUAACUUUUUGGGUUUUGGAAUGGAGAUACUGGCUUUGUGUUGCCGUCUUAUAAUGUUAUAAUAGUGUUAUUACCUCUAUUCUUAAUGGAUUAAGGAAAGAUUUCAUAGGACACAGUUAGGGUCAUUUUACCGUCAUUUCAGAUUCGUCAGAUUCCGAUUGUAGACUGAUUUCAGUUUUUUGUUUUGUUGUUUGAGUUAAGCUGCUUAGUGAUUAGGAUUGGUGUUUUCCUUAUAUUUUAACAUCAGUUUCUCGGUUUUGUUCAUAAAUGGAAACCUGAUUGGGUCUCAUGGUUAAAGGAAACUGUCUGCUCCACACUCAAUACAGAGAAUUAAAUAUUUUUUUCUGCCA